AGAAGCCAGUGGAGGAGCCGCUGGCCCCGGCACAAACUUGCUGGAGGUCUCGGUCGUCCUCGUCUGCCCGCAGACAGCCGGCCCCGGGGGUGGAGGAUGAGGACGUCCUGCGUGGUGCUCACCGCCCUGGUGGCGCUGGCCGCCUAUUACGUCUACAUCCCCCUGCCCGGCUCCCUGUCCGACCCCUGGAAGCUGAUGCUGCUGGACGCGACUUUCCGGGGCGCCCAGCAAGUGAGUAACCUGGUGCACUACCUGGGCCUGACCCAUCACCUGCUCGCACUGAACUUUAUCAUCGGUUCUUUCGGCAAGAAAAGCGCAUGGUCCUCGGCUCGGAUGAACGUGACGGACACGGACUUUGACGGCGUGGAAGUCAGGGUGUUCGAAGGCCCCGCCAAGCCACAAGAGCCCCUGAAACGCGGUGUUGUUUAUAUUCACGGGGGAGGCUGGGCCUUGGCGAGCGCAAGAAUAAGAUAUUAUGAUGAACUGUGUACAGCAAUGGCUGAGGAGUUGAAUGCUGUCAUUGUCUCCAUUGAAUACAGGCUUGUUCCAAAGGUUUAUUUUCCUGAGCAAGUUCACGAUGUUGUACGUGCCACGAAGUACUUCAUGCAGCCGGAAGUCUUACAGAAGUACUCGGUGGACCCAGGCAGAAUUGGCGUUUCUGGAGACAGCGCUGGUGGGAACUUGGCCGCUGCCCUGGGCCAACAGUUUAGUCAAGAUGCCAACUUGAAAAACAAGCUCAAAGUGCAAGCUUUAAUUUAUCCAGUCCUCCAACCUUUGGAUUUUAACACACCCUCCUAUCAGCAAAAUGUGAACACCCCGAUCCUGCCCCGUUACGUCAUGGUGAAGUACUGGCUGGACUACUUCAAAGGCAACUAUGACUUUAUCCAGGCCAUGAUCGUGAACAACCACACCUCGCUUGAUGUGGAAGAGGCUGCUGCCCUCAGGGCCCGGCUAGACUGGAAGUCCCUCUUGCCCGAGUCCAUCACCAAGAACUACCAGCCUGUUGUGCAGGCCACCGGCAACGCCAGGAUUGUGCAGGAGAUCCCUCAGCUGCUGGAUGCCCGUGCUGCCCCACUCAUCGCCGACCAGGAGGUCCUGCAGAACCUCCCCAAGACCUAUAUUCUCACCUGCGAGCACGAUGUGCUCAGAGACGACGGGAUCAUGUAUGCAAAGCGCUUGGAGCGCGCGGGUGUAGAGGUGACCCUCGACCACUUCGAGGACGGCUUCCACGGGUGCAUGAUUUUCACCAGCUGGCCCACCAACUUUUCCGUGGGCAUCCGGACUAGGAAUAGCUACCUCAGGUGGCUGGAUCAAAACCUGUGAAGGAGGAGAGCUUCUGGAAUGCUUGUGCCCUUCUUGACCUCCUGCUUUAGGAAAGGCGUGUACUUUCUCGUCGACUCAUUUCGCCCUGUUCCCUGUGAAUUAUGGAAUCUCUACUCCCUGCUUUAUGUUAAGUUAAUUUUUAAAAAAUGCGUUUGACUAACAUCUACAUCUGGUUCUCCAGGUGGGCCAGUCUCUCUGUUCUUGUUUUAGCCAAACUGCUGUGGAUAACCCAUCGCUGCAGAGAGCAGGACUAGGAGCUGGAAAUAGCUGUGGGUCCUGCCUUCAUCAAGAAGUUCUUUUUUAGAAGUAACAGGUCCACCUCUGGAGGAUACAGGAACUUUUAAUGAGUUAAGAAAGCGUGGGCUCUUCUUCAGUGUGCUAGCGUUUACUUAGAGUUCAGAGCACUGUUAAAUGCGUGUACUUGAAGGUCAGUGCUGGGUACCAAGUGCCCUCUGUCCUUUGUGGAUGGAUGGUUUUGUUUCCUAUGGGAAUUUCGGCAAAAGCGCUCUAGCAAGGACAGGUUUCUCAAAUGUCGUUCUUCCUUUAGAGUGUUAAUUUAUGAGAUAGCUAUCUAUGAAGUCCAGUUGGAUUAUGAUGAUACUUGAAUGUUACUUUCUACCACUAUUAUUAGAAAAUAUAAGGCUGCACGCAUUAGAUGUGUAUA